CUACUGUGGUAUUAGGAAGCUAUGUUUUAUAGCAUCCAGGCCACUAGAUAAAUCUUCAGUCAGCCCUUCAUGAUAAGGGGAUGUGAAUAAACUGUGUAAUUGGUAUUAGGGAAGGCAUCCCAAAGGAGAGAAAAUUUGGGCUGAGGGUUGAAUUUAUUGUCAUCAUGUGUAUUUGGCUGAAGAAAAACAGCUACACCCCUCAGGGAAUUAGAAGAAAUACAAAUUUGUCAGGUUGAAAAUAGGUGAGCAGUUGGAGAUAUAACUGUGAUCAGGAAAGCUAAUAAGAUAGUGAGAAUGCCAUUCCUUUUAUUUGCGUAGUGGUACUGUCAUGUAAUUGAUAGGCUUUUAGCGAUAAUCUUGAGAUAAGUAAAGCACUAUUACUAUGCCUCCUUUACAGAUUAAAAAGCUGAGGUUCGAAGAGAUUAAAUGAUGGUGGUGUGGUGGCAGCUACUUUUUAUUGAAUGUAUAUUCAUGUAUUUGUUCAACAAAUCUUUGAGCACCUACUAGUGACAGGCCCUUUUCUGGGCUUUUGAGGCAUGACAGUUGACAAAGCAGACAAAAAUCUGUGUCUUCAUUGGGUAGAGAAAGGCAGAUGAUAAACAGGAUAAGUAAGUAAAUUAUGUAAUGUGCUAUUCAUAAGUCCUGAAGAGAAAAGUGGAACAGGGAAGGGGAGCUGGUUUAAAUUGUAAAUAGGGUGACUAGAAGGGUUUCGAAGAGAAGGGUGACAUGAAGUUAACAGGAUCAGUCUGGCCGCUGUCUUGAGAACAGGCUGAGUUAUGGAUCAGGCAUGGGGUUAGACCUGUGUACUGGCUCUCAGGUAACCUUUAUAACUACUGCAGAGCAGAUCGUGAGUCUCAGAGAUGUUAGUACGUGUGCUUAAGAUCACAGAGCCGGUCAGUGCCGACGACUCUAUUGAAAAUAUGUUUAGAUUUUAUAACGUUAUGUUCAGACCAGCUGCAUUUCUUUUUCUGUUGGGAGGGAGGAAGCUAAAAUGUGUUAAACCUAAAAGGGGCUGUGUUCUUGAUAUUUGUCUUUGGUACAGCAGUGAAUGAAGAUUUGGAAUGAAGAAUCAGCAGAUUGCCUGCAAAGAGCAAAACAAAUCUGAAAAUUUUGCUGUGGAAAGGAGAUCUGAAGAGUUUCUUGAAAGUGAAGAAUUUAUAAAUGACUACCAUGGCUGCGGGAGUCUUGCCUCAAAAUGAACAACCAUAUUCUACUUUGGUGAAUAACAGUGGGUAUGCUGAAAACAUGAAAGAAAAACACUUUGUCGGAGAAGGAAAAUAUAGAUCCUGUUAGCAGUGUAACUUCAUCAUGGAGCAGGCUGGCGCUGACAUCUUGCCUCCAGCUCUUCCCUCCUGGAAGCCCAGCGCCAUGCAGGAUCCACCCCGGAGGCUUUCUGCUGUGCCAUUCCUCAGCUCCUUUUUCCAGGGCCGACGACACUCUGCCUCCGACCCCAUCGUGCGACUGCAGCAGGGGCGGCGCAGCUCCACUGCCAAGAUGCUCUCGUCAUCCUCUCUCCAGGUGAUGGUGGCCAUGUCCUCCGUCAGCUGUGCUGAGAGAAACCCAACUUGCCCCGAGAGAAAAAGAAAUUCAGGACGUCCAACACCAAAGUAUACAAAAGUUGGAGAGCGUUUACGGCAUGUCAUUCCUGGACAUAUGGCCUGUUCCAUGGCAUGUGGUGGCAAAGCUUGCAAGUAUGAAAAUGCAGCUCGCUGGAGUGAACAGGAGCAAGCUAUUAAGGGGGUCUACUCAUCCUGGGUCACUGAUAAUAUCCUGGCCAUGGCACGCCCGUCCACUGAGCUCCUCGAGAAGUACUGCAUCAUCGAGCAGUUCCGAAGCCAUGGCAUAAAAAGUAUCAUCAACCUGCAGCGUCCUGGUGAGCAUGCCAGCUGUGGGAACCCUCUGGAACAAGAAAGUGGCUUCACAUACCUUCCUGAAGCUUUCAUGGAGGCUGGCAUUUACUUCUACAAUUUUGGAUGGAAGGAUUAUGGUGUAGCAUCCCUUACCACCAUCUUAGAUAUGGUGAAGGUGAUGACAUUUGCCUUACAAGAAGGAAAAGUAGCUAUCCAUUGUCAUGCAGGGCUUGGUCGAACAGGUGUUUUAAUAGCAUGUUACUUAGUUUUUGCAACAAGAAUGACUGCUGACCAAGCAAUUAUAUUUGUUCGGGCAAAGCGACCUAAUUCCAUACAAACCCGAGGACAGCUACUAUGUGUAAGGGAAUUUACUCAGUUUCUGAUUCCUCUUCGCAAUAUAUUCUCUUGCUGUGACCCCAAGGCACAUGCUGUCACCUUAGCACAGUAUCUCAUUCGCCAGCGGCAUCUGCUUCAUGGCUAUGAGGCACGACUUCUGAAACAUGUACCCAAAAUUAUCCAUCUCGUGUGCAAAUUGUUGCUGGACUUAGCUGAGAACAGGCCAGUAGUGACGGAAGAAGUGGCAGAAGUACCUGGCCUCUCUGCUGAAAUUGAAAAGACUGUUUCUGAGAUGGUCACAAUGCAGCUGGAUAAAGAGUUACUGAGACAUGACAGUGAUGCAUCGGACUCUUUCACCCCCAGUGCAGUGGUGGCAGAUUUUGAGAAUCGGGAUGUGAUUCUUUCCAGUGAGCAAGAGUUUGACCCUCUUUGGAAGAGGCGGAAUGCUGAGUGCCUUCAGCCCCUGACUCGUCUGAAAAGGCAGCUCAGCUACAGUGACUCGGACUUAAAGAGAGCCGAGUCACUUCUGGAGCAAGGGAGGACUCCGUGGACAGUGCCUGCCCAGGCCUUGCUUUGCCAUAACCCCAGGCAGCAGAAGCACAUAAGCCAUUGUUACUCCCCACAGUCUCCACAGCUAGAUUUAAAUAAGGAAACGCUGGUCCGCAGUACAUUUUCUUUCUGGAAUCACGCUAAAUUGGGAGGCCUGGAAGGACUCAAAGAUGACAGGUCAUCAAUUUUCCAUAGGACGAACAUUCCAAAGGAAGUACAGCGAAGUAGAACCUUCUCUUCCGGUAUUUCAGGUUCAUACAACCCUGGGGAACCAGUUACACCAAAUUUUGCAAAUAUCCCUAAGGAACUAAACUGUUCUCACCAGCAAGUGUCCCACUGUGAGUGUGAAACUCGUGGUGGUUGUAGCCCAAGCUCCGUUAUGGAGGACAGUGAGACUUGCCACCACCCCGUGGACUGUACGUCCAGUCCCAAAGCACAGUUCUUGGUUGGACCUGAAACCCGGGAUAGCAAAUACCUGUCUGAAGUUGCUCCAUACAUGGCUUUACAUUCUGACUUGAGUGUUGAAGCAAGGAGAAUACUGGCAGCCAAAGCCCUGGCAAAUUUAAAUGAGAUUGCAGAAAAGGAGGAAGUGAAAAAGAAGGUAGAAAUGUGGCAGAAAGAACUAAAUUCCCGAGAUGGAGCUUGGGAAAGAAUAUGUGGCGAAAGGGAUCCUUUCAUCCUGUGCAGUUUGAUGUGGUCUUGGGUGGAGCAGCUGAAGGAGCCUGUGAUAACCAAAGAGGACGUGGACAUGUUGGUUGACAGAUCUGCGGAUGCCGCAGAAGCACUAUUUUUAUUAGAGAAGGGGCAGCAACAGACUGUUCUUUGCGUGUUGCAUUGCAUAGUGAGCCUGCAGAUGAUUCCUGCCAACGUGGAGGAAGCCAUUCUUGCACGUGCCAUUAAAGCCUUCACUAAGGUUAAUUUUGAUUCUGAAAAUGGACCAAUAGUUUACAACACCCUGAAGAAAAUAUUUAAGCACACACUGGAAGAAAAAAGAAAAAUGACAAAAGACGGCCCUAAGCCUGCUAUUUAGUGAAGCUGACUUUCCCCUCGUGAAUAUUUCAGACCUGAAGAUCUAGAUGGCAUUUCUGCUCAUAGCUGAACAAGCUGAAAUGUGGAACUGCUUCGUCUCAUAGCACUUUUAUUUCAGAUGCUCUUGGUUUGUGCUAAGAAUGCUUGUUCCUGUUUGGAGCAAUUAUUUAUUUUAAAAUAUCCUUGAGUUACAUUUUUGUGUUGAAAAAUUGCCAUAAAGUUGGUGCCACUUCUUUUAUUUAUUUAACUGGAUUAAUAUUGUAUUGAUAUUUUAAGAAUGUGGUGUUUACAUCCUUAUUCUUUUUGACAUUUUGGAAAAAGUUUUAACUCUUCUUUCCAAAACAAUUAUCUUAUUGAUGGAACUCUUCCUAGAGUUUUUACCAAAUAGAUAAUUUUAGUAGUAAAACUUCACUGUGUGUCUAUUCCCCAAUACAGGACCUAAGGAAGUCACCAAGUGUCUUAAACGAUUUUAUAUUUGUUAAUAAGAAGGCAAUUGACUCAACAUUUUUAAAGGAUUUUUUAAUAUUUGUUUGAAUUUGUUUUUUCUUUUUAUAAGUGUGGCAAAGGAUCUCAAAUAUAUUAUUUUUCAGAGUGAUUUAGUUUUACGUUAAAGGAUUGACAGUGCAGUGUUUGGGACUUAUUACUGUAGGAAAUAGACUUGCUCUUUGUCAGGCUUCCAGACAACCUCACUGACCUCUGCUGUCACAGGCAGAAGGAGCAGUUCUCAACACAUCAAACCUUAUUCCCACUCCCCUGGGCUGUUGCUAAGCUGAGCAGCAUCUUUACAGAGAAAGUGAGAUCAGUGACAGGCAGUAUGGGAAGCUACAGGACUCCAGCAGAAAGAACUGUCUUACAGGGGCGGGCACCCUAGCCAUAGCCUCUCCCCGGAGGCAGUUCUGUUCAUGCCGAUGUUGUGAUAGCUCGAGCACCAGCCCACACCUCCUGAGUCUAUCGUUCCAUAAACCCAGAUGCCUCAGGGCCCUAUCUUUGGCUGCUUUACUUCUAUGAGAAUUAAGACUUUUAAACUGAAUUUGACUCAACGUAGGUUGCAUUCAUUUGGAUAAGAGGAAGUAAUUGCUCAAACUAUUUUAGUUCCUUAUAAACAAAACUAUCAGCAAUUGAAGCCAUUAAAUAUUAUUUAAAUGAAUAUGUGGGGCACGAGAGGCCAAGCCACAGAACAGAUAGUAGUUCUUCCCAAUUAAAGUGAUAUUAAACCAGUUUCUAACUAAAGCUACUACUUAAUCUUAAAGACAGAACAAAUGAAAUUUCUCCAACUUGUGCAUUUCUGAAUCAAGCUCUAGCACAUCAAAAAUAUUUUAGUCAUUAUCGGUCUUACUAACUCUAGUGGCAAAUGCCAAAUGCCACGCUGUUUGAAUUUUUUAGGAAAUCAAAUCCAGUGAAUUUUAAUGAACUGGAUUGCCCAUUCCUGAAAUUUCUUAUUUUCAAGUGCCUGAUCUGGGAAAGAAGGGGAGAAAACAAUUACGUUUAUCCAAAGGUACAUUAUAAAAAUAUGUUUUUUACCUAAAAAGGUGUUUAUCCUCAUCUCAGUCUCACGUGGGCAGGCACCACCCAUGGCUUAUUUGACAAGUGGCUUUUGGCUUGUGUGUCUGAAAUGGUCGUUUCAAAUUAGAGGAUAGAUCCUGCACAGCCAUGAUGUGACCGCAGCAGUGCAUGUCUAAAAUCUAAGUGCACCAGCCUGAAAAAGAGAGAUGGUGGGAGAAAUUAAUUAGACUGUAUACAGUUUUUGUAUUAAUUUGAAUAAAAGUGGGGGAAAAAACCCCAUAACCUUCAUCUUGUAGUUCUUCAGCUUGGUGCUCUUGAGGUCCUGAUGAUAAAGAUGUGGCUUUGUGAUUAGAGUAUCCUGAUGGGCAGCCUGAGUUACAGGCUGAAUAGUCAGCUAGCCAGGCUCUAAUCAGUCCCCAUCCUGUCGGUUCAGAAUGACAAAGGGAUGGAGGCUGGCAGAUACGAGGGUUCUAAGAGGAAUGUGUGAGGAAAAUCUCAAGGUCAGCAAGAUUCCUGCCUUCCUGUGUUUGAACUGGUGGGGAGUUCUUUGUAGCCCGGAGGAUAGAAAUCUACUUACUGGAAGAAGUUACAGGGCUGCAAAAUUUAGGUCAGCAGAGUGGAAAGGGCCAAAAGCGCACACAUUCAGAACUUAACUACCAUGGCUGAGCACAUGCAUUGUCUUGCUUACUUCUCUUACAAGACCAAGAGAGAAGUAUUUUUCACACUUGGCUGAUGAAAGAAUUCCCCUCUGACUGACUUUGAACCAUGCUCACCUCCCUCUUGAGGCCCUUUCAGCGCUUGACUCCACGAUGGCAUUAUAGAACAUCACAUUAUCCAUAACUGCAGCAAAAAUAUCCCACAUUUUUUGUCCUCUGAAAAAGACUGAGCUCACUCUGUUACUGUUUUAUAUAUAUAUGCACACACACACGUGUGUGCAUAUAUAUAUAUAUAAAAUCUCUAGCAUAUCACACUUUUUAGUAUUUUCCUAUUUCAGAGAAUUUGCUGAUGCUCUUUGAGAUGAAGUGCUGCUGUUUUAGAGAUUGCUUCAUCUAUUUGCAUAACUCAGAAAUGCUAUGCUGAUCUACUUUUUCAUAGCUUCAGCCAGCUUCCCAUUUCCAUCUGAGAAAGAGUAUGUGCUUUCAUCACUCUGGAUUCCAUGAAAAUAACCAUAUAUCAUACUUCAAUAGAGAGAAAGUAUCUCUAUUUUCUCUUAAGUGGAGGACACUUACUCAUAUGCUUGAGUGCUAUAUCUGGCUGUUCUCUAGAGGUCUAAAAAAAUUUCCAGAGAUGCUAUGUUGUAGACAGUGCAUGCCCCAAGUUCUUGAUAUCUGAAGGCCCCCAAAUAAUUUGGGUAGUUGUUUAAAAGUGAUAGCUUACUCAUAGGAUCUUUAUUGUUCAAAAUUAAUAAGUAUUGAUAUAUUUUUAGUGCAAGUGAACCAAGAACCACAUUCCCUUUGGUGCUUUUUAUUUUUAUGAAUGUGGCCCAAGAUUAGCACCUUACCAAAGGAGCCUUUUUCAUUGUUAGGUGUUGAAAAUUAUUUACAGAUAAAAUGGCAGGAGAAAAAUUCAACAAAUCCUGUUACACAGUGGUGCAUUAUUUUUUAGUUAUGCUUUUAAGCAUGAGCUGAUCUCUGAUUAGCCCAACGCUGACAAUAAAACUGAUUUAUAAGUAAUCACAAUGGAGCCAUUCAAUAGUGGAGCUGUGGCAAACCUUCGUUCUAAGCCAUCAAUUAAAAUAUCCAGUCACUAAAAAUAAUGUCCCAAUAAGACUUUAAUAUCAUAAAACCUUUUGCACUCAAAAGAAGUUUCAUACAUCCACUGCAAUUUAUAUCACAAUAGAAGGUUGUUACGCUCUUGCCUCCUGGCUUUUUUGAUGAAAAGAUGUUUUAAGAAUGAAAAGUUUUAAGAUUGCCUCUGGGAGGCAAAUGAAAACAUGUUUUAAAAUUGCCUCUUUGGGAGAGAAGUUAUGUUUCUAGAAUACUUUCCUACUUACAUGACCAUUUGAUUACAGUCUUCAAAUACUCCUUGGUUUUGAUUUAGUGAAUUGCUUUAUCAUUUUCUUUCUCCUCUUAAAACAAGACUACUCAGACGUUGAAUCAGGUUGAACCAUAUUGAAUGGCCAUUUCUGCAAGUCAAGAAUUAUCAAAUAUGGGCCAUUUCAUAUGGUUCAACCAAAUACUAAAUUUAAUGUACCUGGGACUGGUAGGUGACAUUUUCUGAAUUAUUUUAGCAAAGUUUAGAUGAUCAAUUAUUUUCUAAGAAAACCUUGUAUGCUCACAUUAGAGUUCCAAUACAAUUG